AUGGAAAGACAAAAACCACCCCCUACCGACGCCGGUAGCGACUCUGGAGACAAGCAGCCAUCGCAGAUCCGGGACACUCUCCAGAGUCCCAAGCAACCUACUGUCCCACCUCCUUCGCCGCCAGUAGAUGCGGCGCCCGAUGCGGCCGAUUUGAAUCCUUCUGCUGCGGCGGUGGCCGCCGCGUCAUCUCUGCGCGCGGCAUUCAAGCCGGAAACAAGCAGUGGCAUGCGCUCUGCAACUCCAGACAACUCAUCAGAUGGCCGCCGGCUUGGCGCAGGUGCACUUGACAGCUCGGCACUGGAAAUGUCUCGCGAUAUGCAGCAUGUUUCUCCCUUGACUGUUCCAAGAAGCGCCAGUCGGCGACAGGGCAUAGUGUUGUUUAGUGACAACCUUGACGACAAUUCCUACGACGGGGCCGAUUCUGCAGCAUCCCCUCUGUCGUUGCAAGCUGGCACCCAGCAAGGGGCUCAACUCCAGCUACAGCAGAGACACCCCAGUGCGCCAAUACGACCUCGAACGAGGACAUUGGAUGCAGCCAUGCUAAUGCCGCAGCGAACGCCAACGGUAAUUGAUCAAAGACAUAGGGUUGGUAGUGUCAGCUCAUCUGGGUCACAGCCACUCCUCGAUGACCAACGUUCCCCAGUUCCUGCAAAUGAGUCUGUCGGCUACUCAUCGACAAAUGUUUCCCGGCUCCAGGAGCCGGCUACGCCUCAAACACCGUCAAAGCCCAAGGAAAAGAGGUCUGGCAAGCGACUAUUAAAACGACAAGCAUCUCGACCUUCUUCACCAGUCCCCACCCCUUCUCCUUCUGUUGACUCAUUUCCACUGCCUAUUCAUGUCUCUGAACCCACCAAGUUGAUCAUGUUGAUGAAAACACUUGGUGGCCGAAUGCGGGGCGAAAUUGAGUAUCAAACGGAGGGUGAUCACGGUGUUUGGCAUACCGGUAUUGCCUAUAUUGAUGACGAAAAGGGGUGCCUCAUGUACAAUUCGGGUCAGGCAGGGCCGUUCUUCGCCACCCUCAUUUCCGACCUCCGUAACUGUAUCGUUCUUCCCACUAACCAUCCUGAUGAUGGGAAGGAUUGCCUCAAGCUCCUUGCCACGAGCCCUACAGCUGAAAUAUAUUUGCGACCUGUAGUUCCCGAAGAGUGGAAUUUGUGGCUUGCUGCAUUCUUAUGCUGGCAGCAAACAAGACCUUUGGCACCAAGAGUGCAGAAUGGUGCUGGGAACAACAUCCCCGCCGGCAUUGCUGGACCGCCCAUCCACAAGACAGGAACGCCAGCAGAAGGUUCCAAAGCUGCAACUAUUAUCAAAGUUGGAACUAUUUUGCUGUGGGAUAAGGGCUCUACAGGUUCCGCCAACGACCUAGUCCAGCGAUCAUCCACCAGAGGUGCCCUAUCACCAGGCGCAACAUGGAGGAGGAUAUCUAGCAUUCUCCAAGACAACGGUGAACUGAAAUUGCUCCUAGAAAACGAUAUCUCGCCUCUCUGUGUCAUACAACUGUCACAGCUGUCAAGAUGUGCCAUUCAGCAACUUGACCACACGGUGCUGGACGAGGAGUUUUGUCUGGCAGUUUUCCCAAUAUACUCUAGCACGGCGACGAAACUAUCCAUAUUCAGGCCUGUUUACUUGGCUCUGGACAAUCGUGUACAGUUCGAGGUGUGGUUCGUAUUGCUUCGGGCGUUCGCAGUGCCAGAGUUAUAUACGUUGGAUGCCAACGAUCAAGACUCCAUCCGGGAAGUGGCCGAUUUGGAGGAAAGAGCCUGUGAAGAGACAUUCCGAAUAGAGAAGACUAUUGGUGUAAGAGUAACAGAAGCAAAAGUCAAAGCCCGGCCUGCCGGUCUGGAAGCGCAUGUAUAUGAAAAGCCUUUCAGAGCCGGUCAAGAUCCUUUGGUUGGUAAUUAUGUCGCCGAAGUAAUUUUAGACGGCGAAGUCAGGGCGAGAACCACGACGAAGCUGGCAACCAAGAACCCAUACUGGAGAGAAGACUGCGAGUUUGUCGACUUGCCGCAUACCGUACAGGAGGUCUCUGUUGUCUUGAAGCGGAUUGAUGGCACUCCUGAUACGGCAUCGACGGGAUCUGGAGCAGUGCAGCCUGGGCCGAACCAGGAAUCUUUGUACGGAACUGUGCACAUUGCCCUGGAUAAACUUCAACGAGGCAAGGAUCAUGAGGAUUGGCUGCAGAUCAUAGAUGACAAGCAACAGCCGAUUGGUUCCAUGUUGAUUAAAAUUUCCCAUGCGGAACAAAUCGCACUACUUGCCGUCGAGUAUGAACCACUAUCCGAAAUCCUUCAUCGAUUCACGUCGGGUUUGACGACGAUGAUAUCAGCAUCCUUACCCGGUCAGUUGCGCCGCCUAUCCGAGAGCUUCCUCAAUAUAUUCCAAGCGUCUGGCCAUGCGGCUGACUGGCUCAUGGCGCUGGUCGAGGACGAAAUUGACGGCAUCGGAAAUGCCACGUCCAUGAAAAAAUUUCGAUUCAGCAACCGUUUGAAGUCUAAUGAGUCGAUCGAGUCCCCCAGUGAGAGGGAGCUGAUCGUGAGAGACAUGAGCAAGUCACUUGCUGGCGAAGCCAAUCUGCUGUUUCGCGGGAAUACCCUACUCACACAAUCCCUUGAGUUUCAUAUGCGGCGCUUGGGCAUGGAAUACCUGGAAGAGGUGUUGCAGGAAAAGAUUGCUGAGAUCAAUGAGUUGAAUCCCGACUGUGAGGUUGAUACUAGUAGGCUGUCCAAUUGCAGUGGUACAGACAUCGACCAGAGGUGGAAUCGACUGAUACAAUAUACUAUGGAAGUGUGGCACUGCAUUGCAGAAUCGGCGCACUCCUUGCCAAGUGAGCUAUGGCACAUUUUGAAGUAUAUUCGGGCUGUUGCUGAGGACCGCUACGGCGAUUUCCUUCGAACGGUUUCCUAUACUGCCGUGUCCGGUUUCUUGUUCCUUCGCUUCAUUUGCCCUGCAAUCUUGUCACCUAAACUCUUUGGUCUGCUGCGAGACCACCCCCAGCCGCGGGCUCAGCGAACAUUGACCUUGAUCGCAAAGGUGCUGCAAAAGAUGUCCAACAUGUCUACCUUUGGCAAACGCGAAGAAUGGAUGGAGCCCAUGAACAGGUUUCUGACUACCCAGCGCCCCGUAUUCCGCGACUACAUUGACCAAGUAUGCGGCAUCCCCGCCGAAAGCGGCAGUGUAAAAAGUGUUCCGGCUGCCUACAGCACGCCCAUCACUAUACUAGGUCGCUUGGGCUCUGCAGCCAAGGAAGGAUUCCCCAGUUUACCAUAUCUAAUUGACCAUGCCCGCAGCUUCGCUAGCCUGGUUCGCAUAUGGGUAGAUUCACGGCCCGAAAACGUCAAGAAGGGCCAAGCAGACGGCGAGCUCCUCAUCUUCAACGAGUUAUGCACCGGCCUACAGAAACGCGCCGAUGCUUGCUUAGCCCAAGUUGAGCGUACACGCGCAGCAAACGCAGCAUCUCGCGGCGUGGCCGAACAACUUGCCGAGUCGCUCGAACAGGCCACUCUUAUAGAAUCUCUCAGCGUCCCCUACUCCCUACCAUCCUCGUCAGGCGAUGACCGGCCACCGGGUAGUUCAGGUAGCGACGGCGGCGACGAAAGCGGAUCCCGCCGCAAAAGCAAAGAAUGGCGUCGUGGUAGAGACGGCCUCGAGUACAGAAAGGCGGGUGGGCUACGCCAAGUGAGCGGCAUGGGAAGUGCCACCAAAAGCAGCAAGAACGGCAAAGUGGGCAGAACCAUAUUGAACGGCAUCAUGAGGAUCGGGGGACGGGCAGAGAGCCCCGAUGCAAAGGGUUCCAGAUGA